GGCCAUGGCUGCAAGAAGAGGAAGAAGAGGUAAUACGAAAAGGGAAGUGCUCGAGUUCACACAAGAAGGUAAAUAGUAAUAAAUAAACAGUAAUGCAGCUGAAAAGAAAGCUGUGUGGAUAAGGAGAAGAGAGGACCAGCGAAGCGAUACAGGUCAAGAGGAGUAGAGAAGAGGAGGAGGAGAAGACUGUGGAAUAUCAUGGCAAGUGGAAAUAGCAGUGGUUUAGGAUCUUCAAUAUUCCGAGGAACAUUGCAUGGAAACAGCAGCAACUUAGGCGGCAACAACAGCAGCAAUACAAGCAGUAAUAGUAAUAGCAGCAGCCAUCAUCAGCAUCACCAUCACCACCACCAUCAUCACCAUCACACAACUAGCCACCAUUUGCCUCAAACUGGGGUGCAGCCUGCCGCCCCACCACCACAGCCUGCGAUUGGACCCAUGUCAAUAAGUUCUGAGGAGAGUCCAAGAGGAAGGGGCACUCCCAGGAGUCCUGACCACAUGUCAACUGUAAUGGCCAAGCUGUGGUUUGACCAUAAUGUUGAAUACUCCCUCUCCUCACUGAAGAAGGAAGAGCAUGAAAAGCGUACUCGAGAUCUUCGCAAGCAGCUUGAAUACAUCAGUGACACCAACUGGAAGUAUUCCCCUGUGGAGAAGUACAUUGGCCAACAGUGAU